CUUUUUUCAGCGCUGCUCAGGAUGGACCAAUGCUAGUCUUUGUGAUGACUGCACAACUAUAUAUUUUAAUUUUGAUUAAUAUUACAUUUAAGAUUUUUUAAAACAAUCUGAUUAAACUAAAAGUCUAGACAAGUAAACCGCUCUUUAAGAGAAUUUUUAAAAAGCAAAAAUUAUGUAUUUUUUUCUUAGGCGGAAAUAGACGUGACUGUCUCCUGUGGAGGAACUUUAGCGUUAUUUUCACACAUUACAAUCGUAACACAAGUUUGACUUUUGUUGUUUUUAAUCACUAUUCGCUGACAACAGGUCGUGCAUUACAAGAAAAAGCUGCUGUUUUGUAAUAAAGUAAUUUAAAGUAAACAUUUUGACUUGGUUUAACUUGCUAAUAGCUAACAACGUGCAAAACUAGCCAAUUGUGCUAAAAACAUUAGCGUUUUUGUUUACGUUUUAAAAUUAAAAUUUCUCACAUUCUGUUUUUAAAGCUGCUUAUGUUACAGUAACGUUAAGUUAUAUAAUGUGAAAGACGUCCUUUGCAACAGAUUGAAGUCUGUAACGUUAGAUGAAGUGGAAUCAACAGUUAGCGUGCUUCUUUUUAAAACAUUAAUGUUUGUGAUAAAAUGGAUAUUUUGAUCAAUGAAAUCAUCAAUAAAAUGAACAAUAACAUCAGCGGGCUGCAAUGUAAUCUAUAUGGCGAAGAUGGUUCAGAAGCAUCUAGGGUCCCGGUGCUUGACUCAGAAUGUCCACCUGUGAGCCCAACCAAGAGAAAACACCAUGAAAACAAAGACUCCGACAAAGGACAAAUGAACAAAAUGAGAUGUUUAUUUGCAUCACAUCUGACAAAUCCAAAUGAAAGCACCGCAAAUCAAGAGUCAUGGAAUGUCAGUUCACAUGGACACAGUGGUCUGAGUGGUCUCCAUAGCCAUCAUGUAUUUGCACCUUUCCCCAUUUUUGCGUUUGACCGACCCUUUGAGAUGAACCAACAAAGCUUACAUCCUACUAGUAGCAUGCUUCCUACACCCGGUACCACCACAAAACAGCAACAGAAUCGUCCAUCUGUAAUCACCUGUGCACCUGCCAGCAACCGGCCUUGCAGCCUGUCCAGUUGCCACAUGUCCCCUGAUAGCUGCACAUCUGGAUCCGCCAACAAGACCAACGCAAACAAUGUGUGUGACCCUGUAAUUGAGGAGCAUUUCCAUCGCAGUCUGGGGGACAUCUAUAAGGAGGCCUUGCCUAUUUCGAACUCUGUGUCCACAACAGGCUCAGUUGAUGACCACUUCACUAAAGCACUGGGGGACGCCUGGUUACAGAUCAAAGCCAAAGGCAAUAGUGGAACAGCACCCAAUCAUGUUGGUCAGUCUUAAAUAACUCAAGACAAACAUUAACUGGACCCACUUUACAUUAGAUGGCCUUAACAAAUAUGUACUUACACUGUAAUGAAUCAUUUGUUAAAAUGUACUUAUUGUGUAAAUACAUUACCUUAGCCCACCAUUAAACCAAACCUGUCCCUAACACCUCCAGAGCACCAGAAGUGUUCUGCAAUACUUUGAUUUUGAAUUAUGAACACAGAUAGUAUGUUGUAUUUAUUUUUUUAAUUCAAGUCAAGGCCAUCUAAUAUUAAGUGGGACCAGUUUACUGGUUCAUAUAAACCCACAACAGAGGUGUAGAACCAGAACCUUCAAAGCCUGACCCUGAAUGCUGCAUUUAUAUCAAUAAUAUUCACCAUUUUUAUCUGUUUAACUUUACUGAACAAGUUAAGAUCCAACUUUUCAGUUUUCAAAGCAAAAAUAGUUGGAUUCUCUCACUUUACAACCUAAUGCAUGGAUCUAAAAUACUGAUACCAGUGUCUGAACAAGUGCUGGAAAUCCGAGAAGAGUAUGGCUGCGCUAUCACUUGCCCUAUCGAGUGCAUGUGUCUGAGCGUGCACGUGCAAGUCUGCAGCCAGACACUUUUGGGGAAUCCUUCAAAAUGCUGAAUUUUAGUUCUAGUGUUUUCAAGCUUUCAGAAGUGGUUAGAUUUUGUAUUAACAGGGUUUCCGUGGGGUCUUAAAAUAUAUUACAUUUCAAAAACUACAUUUUAGGCCCUAAAAAGUUUUAAAUCCAUUGAAAUAUGUUGUUUUAGGUUAUAAAUCAUUUUAAAAGGGUCUUAAUUUUUUGGUUUGUCCAUGUACGGUUACCCAAUCGGUCCAACCCCAAAAAAAGCUUAACAAAAGUCAAAUUUAUUAACUCUUUUUAGCAUUAUGGUUUGAUUCUAUUCUUUACAUCCUCACAAUGACAUUUGUUUAAAAGUUCUCUAUAUAUUUAUAGCUUACCCUGUGAGAACACUCACCUGGACAGACUGUUGUUCAUAAAUUUAGUUUGUUAUAAUUUUUUAAAACUUUUUUUUUUAAGAAAAACAAAAGUGUAUGUGAGUUUGCUUGUUUUGACACAUUGAAAAUAUGUGACUUUGAAAUAUCUAAAUUAGAAUUUUAAAGGGGCAAGUAAAAAUCUUUUCCAUUGGCCUAAGUCAAUUGUUUUCCCAGCCUUUGUUUCUUUAUCACUGUAAAGGCUGAUUUAUACUUCUGCGUCAAACGCCGGCGUAUGCUACGGCGCUGACGCAUAGCCCGUGGCUGUCAGCGUCGCUGACUUGCACCUCUCAAAAAAUGUAACUACACGUCGCAACGAUUGGUUGGCUUGGUAGCGCUGACGAGUCUGGGCGGGACCGAGAGCCGCGUGAAUGGUGCGAGCCUGAUGGAGCGAUUGUUUACAAGUGUGGAGUCCCGUGAGGGGACUCCAGA